AUGGCUGAUAUAGAGGAUCCCGUGGUAGCGCCCGGUGUCUCUGCGGAGCCGGAUGUUGUCGCUGCCGAUGCUAACGGUGACGGAGAAGUACAAGAACAAGAACAACAACAGGAACAAGAACAAGUACAUGAGGAAAUACAAGAAGAACAGGAUGGAGACGUAUCGCGUCUGGGUACUGGCAAGAUGCACUCUAGGAAUCCGUCGUCUGUGUCGGCUGGUUCUGUGAAUGUGCAGUCGUCGUCGCCGCUGUCGAAGACGAUAUUGGAGACUAUCCUGCAGGAGAGAGACAUCAAGAAAUACCCCAAUGUGCAGAAGUCUAUCGAGCGGGCGCUGGACAAGCUGAAGGAGACGGGAGCCACGAACCCAAUUGACUCGAUACUCGUGUUCGAAGCGUUGAGGUCGACGUGCAGGACGGGGUCAUCCAGGAUCCAGUCGAAGGCGCUGGACGGGCUGUCCAAGCUGUUCUCCUUCCACGCGCUGGACGAGACCGUGCUUGUGAACCCGCCAGACUCCAACGCCUCCAACGACCAGACCACUGCGCAGCAGGAGGGCGUCACCCCGCCGCCCAAGCAGAAACUGAUAGACGCCGCCAUCGACACCAUCGCCGACUGCUUCCAAGGCGAGAGCACAGACGAGAGAGUAGAGCUGCAGAUUGUGAGAGCCCUGUCAGGUUGCAUACUGGUCGAGGACGCACACUCAAACUGCCACGGUGCCUCCUUGCUGAAAGCAAUCAGAACAAUAUACAACAUUUUCAUCUUCUCUUUGAACCCUUCCAACCAAGGUAUCGCCCAGGCUACUCUGACCCAGCUGGUAGGCGCAGUGUUUGAUAAGAUCGAGGUCAAACACAUCGACCCUUCGUCCUCCGCACUAAACGUUUCUAACUGGGACGACUCAAAGUCGCCAGCCCCUCCGCUAACACUAGCGAACUUGGAAAAUAUAGAUAAGGAAACCGAUAAGAAACUAGUCUCGGGAGAGAACAACGGAGACGACAACGACAAAGAGGUAAAUGAAACAGUAGGGGAGGAAGCUCAAACCAACCAGGAGCUGAACAUUAAGGACGCUUUCUUGGUGUUCCGUACCAUGGCCAAAAUAUGUGCCAAACCAUUGGACGCUGAACUAGAUAUGAGAUCCCACGCCGUUAGAUCCAAGCUAUUGUCACUACAAUUGAUUUAUUCAAUGCUAAGAGAUCACAUCGACGUUUUCCUUUCACAUCACAUAUACCUCCCAGGUAAGGAGAAAGUCACAUUGCUAGAUUCUAUAAGACAAUACCUAUGUCUAUCGCUAUCGCGUAAUGCAGCUUCUCCUUUAUCUGCUGUCUUUGAAACCACAUUGGAGAUUAUGUGGCUGAUGAUUGCCAAUUUGAGAGCUGAUUUCAAGAGAGAAAUACCUGUAUUCUUAACUGAGAUUUACUUCCCAAUUACAGAGUUAAAAACUUCAACGGCACAACAGAAGAGAUAUUUCUUGCACAUAAUUCAAAGAUUAUGUACCGACCCUCGUGCAUUAAUCGAAUUUUAUUUAAAUUAUGAUUGUGAUCCAGGCAUGCCUAAUAUUACUGAAAUGCUUGUUGACUACUUAUCAAAGCUAGCUCUAACAAGAGUAGAGAUCUCACAAACCCAGAGAUCAUACUAUGAAGAUCAACUGUCAAAACCUUUGGCUACUUAUAAUUUUGAUCAAUUCCCACUACUGACCACAUCUACUUUAUCAUCUGGUCCAGACUCUUCUCAAACACCGCUGCCAUUCCCAUUAGAAUAUGCACUAAAAAUGACAUCCUUGAAUUGUGUUGUUGCCGUUUUGAGAUCAUUGAGUCUAUGGGCCCACAAGGCACUAAAUUCAAAUAGUGGAUUACAAGGUCAAAUAUCAUCAUUUUCAGAUAUGAACAGAUCAGAAUCUAACACUAGUUUGUCUAACGCUGGAAGAUCUUCAAUGACUAGAAUAGACGAGAGUGUUGGCGAAGACUCUGAAGCACAAUCAUUGAACAAACAGCUCGAGGCGGAUGAUCCAACACAAUUCGAAAAUUUGAAAAUUCGUAAAACCAAGCUUUCAAAUUGUGUUAAUGCUUUCAAUUUGAAACCUAAGAGAGCUAUUCCUCUUUUGCUCCAAAACGGUUUUAUUAAUGACGAAUCUCCAGAGAGUAUAGCUAAGUGGCUAUUGGAAACCGAUGGAUUAGAUUUAGCCAUGGUAGGAGAUUAUCUAGGUGAAGGUGAUGAGAAGAAUAUCGCAGUAAUGCAUGCUUUUGUGGACCAAUUUGAUUUUACUGGCCAAUCGAUUGUCGAUGCACUACGUGACUUCUUACAGAAGUUUAGGCUUCCUGGUGAAGGUCAAAAAAUUGACAGAUUCAUGCUUAAGUUCGCAGAACGUUUUGUUGAUCAAAACCCCGGUGUUUUUUCGAAAGCUGAUACUGCUUAUGUAUUAUCUUAUUCUCUAAUCAUGUUAAACACAGACUUACACUCGUCACAAAUUAAAAAUAAGAUGACUCUACAGGAGUUUUUGGAGAAUAAUGAAGGCAUUGACAAUGGUAAUGAUCUUCCAAAAGAGUUUAUGGUUAAUCUAUUCAAUGAGAUUGCAAACAAUGAAAUCAAGUUAUUAUCUGAACAACACCAAGCUAUGUUGAACGAUGAAACAACCAUGACCGCACCUCCAACACCUUCCGCUUUUAAUUUCUUCAGCAGCAGAGAUUUGGCGAGAGAAGCAUACAUGCAAGUUUCCAAAGAAAUCUCCUCCAAAACAGAACUGGUUUUCAAGAAUUUAAACAAGACUAAGGGUAAGAAUGGGGAUGUAUUUUAUGCUGCCUCUCAUGUUGAGCAUGUUAAAUCCAUAUUUGUAACAUUGUGGAUGUCGUUUUUGGCAGCACUAACUCCUCCUUUUAAAGACUACGAUGAUCUUGAGACAACUGAAAAGUGUCUUGAGGGUAUCAAAACAUCUAUCAAGAUUGCCUCAAUAUUUGGUAUCGAUGAUGCACGCACAUCCUUUAUCGGAGCCUUGGUCCAAUUUUGUAAUCUACAAAAUCUAGAAGAGAUAAAAAUUAAGAAUGUCAAUGCCAUGAUCGUUCUUUUAGAAGUUGCUCUAUCAGAUGGUAACUUUUUCAAGAAAUCCUGGAAAGAUGUUUUGCUUGUUGUAUCACAAAUUGAAAGAUUGCAGUUGAUUUCCAAAGGUAUUGACCGCAAUACUGUUCCUGAUGUUGCUCAAGCUCGUGUUGCUAACCCACGUCCUUCUUAUGAGUCAACGAGGUCUGCAAACACGUCAUACAUAUUUGACAUAUGGAGUAAGAAAGCCACUCCAAUGGAGUUAGCCCAAGAAAAGCAUCACAACCAGCAACUUUCUCCAGAGAUAUCAAAAUUUAUUUCUUCUAGUCAACUUGUCGUUUUAAUGGAUAAUAUUUUCACCAAGAGUGCUGAAUUAUCAGGUAAUGCUAUCAUUGAUUUUAUUAAGGCUCUUACUGAGGUGUCUCUAGAAGAAAUUGAAUCUUCCCAGUAUGCAUCUACUCCUAGAAUGUUUUCUCUACAAAAAAUGGUGGAUGUAUGUUAUUACAAUAUGGACCGUAUCAAAUUAGAAUGGUCUCCAGUAUGGGCUGUGAUGGGAAAUGCUUUCAACAGAAUAGCCACGAACCCAAACCUUGCUGUUGUUUUCUUUGCUGUUGAUUCGCUACGUCAACUAUCAAUGAGAUUUUUAGAUAUCGAAGAAUUGUCUGGUUUUGAGUUCCAACAUGAUUUCUUAAAGCCAUUUGAAUACACUAUCCAAAAUUCUGGUAAUGUCGAGGUUCAAGAGAUGAUUAUCGCAUGCUUCAGAAAUUUUAUUUUAACCAAAUCUAGUAAGAUCAAAUCUGGUUGGAAGACUAUUCUAGAAUCUUUGCAAUAUACCGCCCAAUCUGGUAACGAAUCGCUUGUAGUUAAAACACAAUCUUUGAUUAGCGAUGAUAUCGUUGAUGCUCAUUUUGAGAGUAUUUUUGUUCAAGAGGAUUCAUUUGCCGAAUUAGUUGGUGUAUUCAGGGAGAUUACAAAGAACAAAAAGUUCCAAAAACAAGCUCUACAUGCCCUGGAAUCACUAAGGAAAAUAACUCAGAGAAUUGCAAAAAUAUGCUUCGAUGAAAAUGGCGAAAGUAAGGAAAAGAACCUACUACAAGGAAAAGAUAUUUUCCAAGAUAUCUGGUUCCCGCUGUUAUAUUGUUUCAAUACUACAAUAAUGACAGCAGAAGACUUAGAAGUAAGAUCUAGAGCGUUAAACUACAUGUUUGAUUCACUUGUGGCAUAUGGUAACCAAUUCGAUGAGCAGUUCUGGGAAAAUAUUUGUAAGAAAUUGUUAUUCCCCAUCUUCGGUGUGUUGUCCAAGCAUUGGGAAGUUAAUCAGUUCAACAGCCAUGAUGACCUGAGUGUUUGGCUAUCGACCACCUUGAUUCAGGCAUUGAGAAAUUUAAUUGCAUUGUUUACCCAUUACUUUGAUUCGUUAAACAACAUGUUAGAAGGUUUCUUAGACCUUCUAGUUUCCUGCAUAUGCCAAGAAAAUGAUACUAUUGCUAGAAUUGGUAGAUCAUGUCUACAGCAAUUAAUUCUGCAAAAUGUGUCUAAAUUCAAUGAAAAGCACUGGGAACAAAUCGGAAAUGUUUUUGAAAAGCUAUUCGAAUUAACUACCGCUAGUGAACUGUUUGAAUAUGAUCCUCUACAUCAAGGUAGACAAAACUCUUCAAAGACAAACGAUCCUAAAAAUGCUGCAGAUGACGGUAAUGUUCAUGAAACAGUGCAGAGAGCACAACAGGAGGAAUCAAGUGAAGAUGUAGGUAACGAAACCAUGGACUCGGUUAAGAAAGAAGAUGGUACUACUAGCCCAUCUGCGGUGCGUUCUGCUAAGACAUUUGAAGAUCUUCGUCCAAAGAUCAGUAUUAAGAAUUCCAUCGUUGUGAAAUGUGUUCUGCAAUUACUAAUGAUUGAACUUCUAAGUGAACUAUUCCAGAAUGAGGAGCUAGAACACCAUAUUCCAUACAAGCAAUAUAUCCAAAUCACCAAGUUAUUGGAGAAAUCGUACGAAUUUUCACGAGACUUCAAUGCAGACUACGGUCUAAGAACGAGAUUAGUUGAAGCAAGAGUGGUUGACAAGAUUCCAAACUUGCUAAAACAAGAAACCAGUGCUGCCGCGGUGCUGAUUGACAUCAUGUUUAAGUUGUACCUAAAUGAUGACAACAAGAAAGAUGAACUAGCUAGCAGAUUGAUCAAGAUAUGCACUGGCGUUGUUCAGGGCUAUGUUACAUUAGAUGAUAGAACUAUGGAGCGUAGCAUUAUUUCAUGGAGGCCAGUCAUUGUUGAGAUUCUACAAGGAUACUACGAAUUUGAUGACGACGAUUUCAAGAAGUUCUGUGCUCCAAUGUAUGGUUUCAUCAUCCAGAUCCUGGACAAGAGUGUACCAACAGAGUUGAGACACGCCAUCAAGUUAUUCCUAGGCAGGGUCGGUGAACUGUACCUCCAAAUCGAGGACUAG